GAGCGGCUGCAGGUCUGUCUCAGGUGCCCAGGAUGCUGACGCUGUGCCUGCUGUCCCUGGCCUGGCCCAGUGAGGGCUCCCAGCGCAGUGAGCCCAUGUUCACCGCUGUCACCCACCAACUGCUCCCGCCUGACUACGACAGCAACCCCACACAGCUCAACUACGGCGUGGCUGUCACUGACCUGGAUGCUGAUGGCAGCUUUGAGAUCGUAGUGGCAGGAUACAAUGGCCCCAACCUGGUGCUCAAGUACGACAAGGCGCGGGGCCGGCUGGUCAAUGUGGCAGAGGAUGAGCACAGCUCCCCUUACUAUGCGCUGCGGGACCGGCCGGGCAAUGCUAUCGGUGUGACAGCGUGUGACGUUGAUGGGGAUGGCCGGGAGGAAAUCUACUUCCUCAACACCAACAAUGCCUUCUCCGGCAUGGCCACCUACACGGAUAAGCUCUUCAAACUCCGCAACGGGCGCUGGGAGGACCUGCUGAGCGACGAAGUGAACCGCGACGUGGCCAGCCGCUUCGCCGGGCGCUCCGUCGCCUGUGUGGAUCGCACGGGCUCGGGCAGGUACUCUAUCUACAUCGCCAACUACGCCAGCGGCAAGGUGGGCCCACACGCACUGCUGGAGAUGGACGUGACUGCUAGUGACCCUGCCCGUGGCAUCGUGGUGCUGGUGGACGUGGCCGCCCAGGCUGGUGUCAGCAAGUACACAGGGGGCCGUGGUGUGGCUGUAGGCCCGAUCCUGAGUGACAGUGCUUCUGACAUCUUCUGCGGGAACGAGAACAGCCCCAACUUCCUCUUCCACAACCGUGGGGAUGGGACAUACCGGGACGUGGCAGCUGUGGUGGGGCUGGAUGACCCCUACCAGCACGGGCGUGGUGUGGCAUUGGCUGACUUCAACCGCGAUGGCCGUGUGGACAUUGUCUAUGGCAACUGGAAUGGGCCACACCGCCUCUACCUGCAGGCAGGGGCCCCCGGGCGCAUCAAAUUUCGGGACAUCGCCACUCCCAAAUUCUCCAUGCCAUCCCCCGUCCGCACUGUCAUCGCUGCUGACUUUGACAAUGAUCAGGAGCUGGAGGUCUUCUUCAAUAACAUUGCCUACCGCGGCUCUUCUGCUAACCGCCUGUUCCGGCUCAUCCGCAGGGAGCACUCAGACCCCAUCGUAGAAGAGCUGAACCCGGGGGAUGCGCUGGAGCCUGAGGGACGAGGCACUGGAGGUGCAGUGACAGAUUUUGAUGGCGAUGGGAUGCUGGAUCUGAUCCUAUCCCACGGCGAGUCCAUGGCACAGCCACUCUCCAUCUUCAAGAGCACCCAGGGUGCUGGCAACAACUGGCUGCGGGUUGUGCCGCGCACCCGCUUUGGGGCCUUUGCACGAGGAGCCAAGGUGGUGCUGUUCACACGGCGCAGCGGUGCCCAUCUGCGUAUCAUCGAUGGCGGCUCAGGGUACCUGUGCGAAAUGGAGCCCGUAGCACACUUUGGACUGGGACGUGACGAAGCCAGCAGCCUGGAGGUGACGUGGCCCGAUGGCCGUGUCCUGGUGCGAGCGGUGGCCAGCAGCGAGACCAACUCUGUCCUGGAGGUCCCCUAUCCCCGAGACACAGAGAAGCCACCGGUGCCCACCCUGCUGGAGACACCAACGAAUGUGCUGAGUUCCCCUUUGUCUGCCCCCGGGAGAAGCCCAUCUGCAUCAACACCUAUGGCGGGUACCGCUGCCGCAGCAACAAGCGCUGCGCUCGUGGCUUUGAGCCCAAUGAGGAUGGCACAGCAUGUGUGGCCCAGGACUGAAGCCCCAGCACUAACCCCGCAUCACUGGCUCCGUCGCCUCGAUCCCGUGCCAUGUGCCUGCUGGUUUGGCCUGAGCCACAUGUGCUUUUCAAGUCCCCUCUGCCCGGGGGGGGGGGGCAACCCCAGCAGAGGAGGCUCCCCCCAACCCAGCAGGGGAAAGUCCCCUCAGUUUGUUUUUUAACUUCUUGACCCUGCUGUUUGGAGUUGGACCCUGCUCAGUCUUCCAGCCCAUCUCCUGGAGAACCCUCCCAAUAAACUAUACACUGUCUA